UUAGAAAGCUGCUGCUCGAGCACUGUAUCUUCUGUUUCUCGUGAGUCGUACUACGGAGAGCACGCACGACGUGCGUCAAUUGAUCAAAGUAUAAAGGUCGAGUGUAUUAUCAUCUUAUUGCUCAUUAAAAAGGUUUAUUCAUAUUAAAUAAACGUGAGUGUAUUAGUGAAGAAGAUAUUAUUUGCAAGAGUUUUCAAGAAAAGAGUGUGUUAAGACAUAUUGAAUUUUCUGCUGAUAUAGUGACUACAUAUAUCUCAACAAGAACAGUAUGGAUACUAUGAAAAAAGGUUGGUUUAGUGAGAUCAACGAUCUCUGGCCUGGCGUUGCACUUUCCCUCGAGAUAAAAGAAGUACUACAUUCCGAACGCUCUAAGUAUCAAGACAUCUUAGUAGUAAAAACAAAAUCACAUGGCACGGCUUUAAUACUAGAUAACGUAAUUCAAUGCACAGAAAAAGACGAGUUUUCUUAUCACGAAAUGAUAGCAUACCUGCCGCUCUGCAGCCAUCCAAAACCCGAAAAUGUUUUAAUAGUGGGAGGAGGCGACGGCGGAGCUGCCCGAGAAGUCGCGAAACAUCCGGAAGUGAAACACAUUACGCUAGUAGAUAUUGACGAUAGAGUUAUCGAAGUGUGCAGACAAUAUUUUCCCCAUCUAAGCCUAGGUUUGAAUAAUCCUAAAGUAAAUGUUUCUCCUGGCGACGGUUUCGAGUUUCUGCAGCAUCACCAAGGAGAAUACGAUGUUAUUAUCACGGAUAGUAGCGAUCCCGUAGGUCCCGCUGAGAAUCUCUUCAAACAACAGUAUUAUCAAUUAUUAAAGAACGCGUUGAAACCUGGCGGAAUUAUUGCCAGUCAAGGUGGCACAGUAUGGGAGAGCAUAGAUCAAGUUCGGAGUACUUUAAAACAUUGUAAAUCUGUGUUUCCAGUUGCAACCUAUGCGAUAACAGCUGUACCGACGUAUCCGACGGGACAAAUCGGUUUCAUUCUAGGAAGCAAAGAUAGCCAAACGAAUUUCAGAGAACCACUGAAAGUAUUUAGCGAAGAAGAUCUCGAUCGCAUGGAAAUGCAAUAUUACAAUGACAAAAUACAUAGAGCUGCUUUUGCAUUACCUAGAAUUAUAGAAAAGACUUUAACUGCGCAAAAUUAGACAAAUAUCUCUACCUAUA